AUGCAGGGGCACAGAAAGAGAGACAUUUUGGGUGUACACAUUGAAGACUUACUGUACAUGUUGAGGUUCGUCUUUGGCCAUUUUCUGCCCCGGUGGCACGUCGGGUCCGAACGAUCCAGCAACAUAGAUGACAGUUCUGCCGAGACGCGCCGCGACAGACAGUUGCGAGGACCGAAAAGGGAGACGCGUGGCUGCUUCAAGGUCAUUGUGGGAUGUCGUGCCACCUGCGAGCUUUGCAUCCCUUCGAGCGACACCACCACGGCCGCGGGGACUACAGCGGUGGUCACCACGACAGAACCGGAGAUCGUUUGGCCCGGCGCUUCCGAUGCGAUCCAUCUGGUGGUGGCCAUCACGGCGCGAACGAACCUGGUGCGUGAUACCGUCGCGACCCAAGUCGAGUACAUCAAGACGGAUCCGCAGCCGUUAUUGCUGGUCCUCUACGAUGAGCUUGAAGCCAUCGGCCUCUCCGGUGCUGCCAUCCCAGGUCGGGGCGUGAUGACGGCGACCAAACAUUUGGCUCAGAGCUGUCAAUGGUACAGCCGGGGGCAGCUCACAAGGGGCCUAGUCUCCGCCUGGCCUUCAGUGCGGCUGAUUUUAGUCAUCGCCAUGUCUUUCGUGAAAGCUGCUGAACGACCUGAAGGGAACAUGGCCAUGGUGGACCCUUCACACUUGGAGAGGUUGGAGAAGUUGGAGGAGGCUGUGCUGCGUAUGGGUGCCAUGCGACAGGAGAUGCAAACUCUCAGAGAGCGAGUUGUUUGUUUAGAGACGCAGCUGCAGGCUGAACAAGCCGAAUCAGAG